AUGGACGGCCUCGACGGUUUCGAAAAGGCAUUGGCAGAGGAGAAGAAGGCGAGGGAACGAGAGGAGAAUGCAAGCAGCAGGGAAAAGAGUAAACAUAAGCAUCGUCACCAAUCGAAACAUCACAGAGACGACUCGGACGCAGAUAAACGCAGAUCGAAGCACCACAAGCCCAGAGAGGACGGCCACGAGCGUGAUGACCACAGACAUAAACGAUCGAGACAUUCUCGUGGGGGCGAGGAGAACAGUCACCGAAGAAGCAAGCAUGAGAAGACUUCUGACUCGCACGAGGAUUUACUAGUACCAGACGGUGAAGAGCCGUCGACGACUCCUAAGCUUACUCGCGAUUCUUGGAUGACCGAUCCUUCGGCUUUGGAAUUCGAUUACACCCAGAAAGGCGUCAAAAAGGUCGAGAAGAAGCCAACCCCAAAGCCAGAUUACGAUUUGAAGAUUCACAGGAACGAGUUGAAUGUUCAUUUACAAGAGUUGGCGGAUGGCAAGAAUUUGGAGGAUUUAGAUACGGAGCAUGAUGUUGAAUACACAUUUGGUGAUUUAGGAGCUCAAUGGCGUAUGACGAAGCUUAAGGCUGUUUAUACACAAGCUGAGCAGAGUGGACGAUCUGUGGAUGAGAUUGCCAUCGAGCGAUUUGGGGGUCUACAGGAGUUUGAUGAUGCACGAGAAGAGCAGACGGAAUUGGAUCGUAGGCAACUCUAUGGGGAGGGUUAUGUGGGAAAGGAGAAACCUAGCGGAGAGCUGUUCCAGGAAAGGAAAAUGGCAUUGGGUAUCAGAAGAGGUCCGGAUGAAUCACGUGAAAAUGAGCUUCCCCAAGGAGAGAUUGUGGAGGAAAAGCCUGUGCAAUCAGCUAUCCAGCUGGAUUCUACUGCUUUGAAUCGGAUGAAGGCACAGGUGAUGAAGGCCAAAUUGAAGAAUUCUCCAGAUGCAGCACAGCUAGAAGCCGAGUACAACGAGGCUAUGGCAAGCUUUUCGAAUAACCCUACGCCUGGUGUAAUAGUCCUAGGAAAGAUGGAGAAUCGAAUGUUAGCGGGCACUCGUGGAGAAGUGAAAUCUAUCGAUAACAAGCGGGGCCGUGAAAGAGGACUGGUUGAGGAGAAUGAAGAUAUGAGCAUUGAAGACAUGGUUCGAGAAGAAAAGAGAACCAGAGGACAGGCUGGUGGUGAUGGAAUGAGAGCUGCCGAACGUAUUUCAAAAGACGCUAAGUUCGAUACUGAUCUUGAUUACAUGGAUGACAACGCAAACAAACUUGCAAAGCGAGUCCAAAAGUCCGAGAUCAAUUUGAAGAAUGCGGCUAUUGGCGACUUCCAGAAGAUGAAUCGGAUCCUUGAUUCCUGCCAGCUUUGCCAUCAAGAAGACAAGGGCCAACCUCCUGUUGCACCUCUGAUAUCACUGGGCACACGAGUCUACCUAACUUUGCCGACAGAGCCGGAAUUGGGUGAAGGUGGUGCAGUCAUCGUCCCGAUCCAACACAGGACGAAUCUUCUGGAGUGCGAUGACGAUGAAUGGGAGGAGAUCCGAAAUUUCAUGAAGUGCUUGACACGGAUGUAUCAUGACCAGGGUCGCGAUGUUGUGUUCUAUGAAAACGCUGCCACCCCGCAGAAAAAAAUGCACGCCGCCAUGCAAGUUGUGCCCUUACCAUAUAGCCUGGGCGAGACUGCCCCAGCGUUCUUCAAAGAAGCGAUUCUAUCUUCCGACGAGGAAUGGACACAGCAUAAGAAACUGAUAGAUACGGCAGCACGAGCACGAGACGGUUUUGGCAAAUUAGCGUUCCGUCGGUCAAUCGCCAAGGAAAUGCCUUAUUUCCAUGCUUGGUUUGAUCUUGAUGGUGGAUUAGGGCAUAUUGUUGAAGACUCGAACCGAUGGCCGCGGGGAGAUUUGUUCGCAAGAGAAAUCAUUGGCGGAAUGCUAGAUAUUGAGCCUGAUGUUAUAAAGAGACAGGGACGAUGGAGCCGAGGAGAUAAACGAAUCGAUGGGUUCAAGAAGCGAUGGAAAAAGUUCGAUUGGACCAGAGUACUCACAGAGGGCUAG